AGCGAACUUUCGGUUUGUUUCGAACAGAUAUCAUUUUCAUCUCUGUCUGGCAGAGAAGAUUUACCCGACCACAGAACGCCUGUUAGAAAGAAUUUUACAGGUUGAUCCAGAUUUUCCGGUAAAGUCACGAACCACGCUUUGGAGGUGGAUGAAAAAGCUGGGAUUCGAGUAUAAACAGACCGCAAAGGUCAAAAUUCCGCUGGACGGCGUUUCGUACAUGGCUCAAAGAGCCAAAUAUUUUCGGGAACUCGAUAAAAUACGUCAAGACGGUACUUUUAUUUACUAUCAUGACGAGACCUGGUGUAACAGUGGAGAAGAGAGAAAGUUUAUAUGGACAGACGGUGAAACGGGGGCUGGUCGUUUGAAAAAGAAUGAAACAAGAGGUGAGAUUUUCUCCUAUAAGAAAAGAAAUUCAUAUUUAGCAGCUGUUUUUUUAGGGGCACGAGUCGCUGUUUCAGCUCUGAUAAGCAACAACGGUUUUCACCCUACUGCUGAAAUAUUCAAAUGCACAGAGGAGCACAGCAUGAACAGCGAACACUUUGUUAGCUGGAUCUCUCGGACAUCUUCCUAUUUACGGAAUGAGCAUGGUAAGUUGUUUAGGGUUAUUUUUAAUCGUCUUUUACAUAAAAGGUUUUUUUGAAGGAAAAAACGCGAAAAUUACGAUUAUAAUUGAUAACGCUCCGUGGCACAACAAGCUUACGGAUGAUACAAUGCCUCCAAAAAGAGCUUGGAAUAAAACUCAACUGAUAGCAUGGCUAGAAUCGAGAGAUAUCGCAUUUACUUUACCUUGUAGCAAAGCUGAACUCUUGGAAUUAGCAUUUUCUAAUGUGCCCAAAAAGAAAUAUGUUGUGGAUGAAGCUGCGCGAGUUUUCGAUAUUAAAAUCCUGAGACUGCCGGUUAAACAUUGCUGUCUGAAUCCUAUUGAAAUUGCCUGGUCUAAUAUGAAAAAUUACGUACGUGACAAUAACGUCAACUUUCGUCUCAGUGAAGUGGAAACGUUGUCCUCACAGUGGAUGGCAGCGUUAGAUCCAGAAACCUCUUCAGGAUUCUAUCGUGAGGCGGAAAGAUUUGAAGAUGUCUUCAAAAAAUCAGACGCCCAAGCAGAAGAGCUUGAAAAUGAAUUAAUUGAUGAAGACAAAAAAGUGGAUUCGGAUCAGGACACGGACAGCUUUGAAGAUGAUGAUUAG